AUGGUAUCGGCAGUAGUUGUAUCGGCGGUACUUGUAGCGACAGUAGUGGUAGCGGCAGUUCUGGUUACGGCAGUAGUAAUUGUGGCAGAAGUAAUAUCGGCAGUGGUUGUAUCGGCAGUACUGGCAGCGGUAGCAGGGGUAUCGGCAGUAUUGGUAGCGGCAAUAGUAAUGGUGGCAGUAGUGGUAUCGGCAGUAGUGGUAUCGGCAGUACUGGUAGCGGCAGUAGUGAUGGUGGCAGUAGUGGAAGCGGCAGUAGUGGUAGCGGCAAUACUGGUAGCGGCAGUAGUCGUAUCGGCAGUACUGUGGUAUCGGAUAACUUGUAGCGGCAGUAGUUAUGGUGGCAGUAGUUGGGGCGGCAGUAAUGAUAUCGGCAGUACUGGUGGCGGCAGUAGUGAUGGUGGAAGUAGUGGUAUCGGCAGUAGUGGUAUCGGCAGUACUGGAAGCGGCAGUAGUGGUUUCGACAGUACUGGUAGCGGCAGAAGGGGUAUCGGCAGUAGUGGUAUCGGCAGUAGUGGUAUCGGAAGUACUGGUAGCGGCAGUAGUGAUUGUGGCAGUAGUGGUAUCGGCAGUAGUGGUAGCGGCAGUACUGGUAGCGGCAGUAAUGGUAUCGGCAAUACUGGUAGCGGCAGUAGUGGUAUCGGCAGUACUGGUAGCGGCAGUAGUGGUAUCGGCAUUACUAGUAGCAGCAGUAGUGGUAGCGGAAGUGGUGGUAGUGGUAGUGGUGGUAGCGGUAAUGGUGGUAUCGGCAGUAGUGGUAUCGGCAGAACCGGUAGCGGCAGUAGUGAUGGUGGCAGUAGUUGGGGCGGCAGUAGUGGUAUCGGCAGUACUGGUGGCGGCAGUAGUGAUGGUGGAAGUAGUGGUAUCGGCAGUAGUGGUAUAGGCAGUACUGGAAGCGGCAGUAGUGGUUUCGACAGUUCUGGUAUCGGCAGAAGUGGUAUCGGCAGUAGUGGUAUCGGCAGUUGUGGUAUCGGCAGUACUGGUAGCGGCAGUAGUGGUAUCGGCAGUACUGGUAGCGGCAGUAGUGAUGGUGGCAGUAGUUGGGGCGGCAGUAGUGGUAUCGGCAGUACUGGUAGCGGCAGUAGUGAUAUUGGCAGUAGUGGUAUCUGCAGUUGUGGUAUCGGCAGUACUGGUAACGGCAGUAGUGGUAUCGGCAGUACUGGUAGCGGCAGUAGUGGUAUCGGCAGUACUGGUAGCGGCAGUAGUGGUAUCGGCAGUACUGGUAGCGGCAGUAGUGGUAUCGGCAGUACUGGUAGCAGCAGUAGUGGUAGCGGCAGUGGUGGUAGCGGUAGUGAUGGUAACUGCAGUGGUGAUGGCGGAAGAAGUGGUGUCGGCACUACUUGUAGCGGCAGUAGUGGUAUCGGCAGAACUAGUAGCAGCAGUAGUGGUAGCGGCAAUUGUAAUAGCGGUAGUGGAGGUAGCUGCAGUAGUGAUUGA